AUGAAGAGGUUUGCUAAUACCUUGUUUUACACAAAACGAAUGAUGAACUUCAACAUGAUGUUGACAACCAUUUUCUUUUUGAUUGGUUUUCUACCGGCAGCUACGGCUUCUUCAAAUUUCUCAUUCGAACGAGAGACAAUCAUGACCGUCUGCGACGUCAAUCGAAUAACAAUCAACAGUAAAGGCGAGCCAAUUGCACAUUGCGACGAAUUACCGCCACCUGGUGACUUCUUUGACGUUUCCUCACGCACUGUCUGGGAAAUGCCUUGCGACGACACCAGCAAUGACGAGCCACUCGCCCGUCGACCCACCAUCUGGGACCGAUCAAUCAGAGCCCUACACUGGCUGCUGGAAGGUGUCCAGGACAAGAUCAGAUCACUGGGAACGGUCCUGCUUCUGGCUGUCGAAGAUGUCAGUCGUUUAUCGCUCAUCACACGACGCUGGAACGUCUACUGGUUUCUGGUAGGCAGCCUGGCAGCUUCCCUGUUAUUUUUCAUACAAGGCCUCUACACUAGCCGGGCCGGUAAGUUGAGCUACAACAUCAUCUUGAAUGUCUUCAUGGGCUUUGGUGGGUCGGCUGCCUUCUACAUGGUUCACCUCUACUUUGAGAACCUCUACGUCAUGGCCGUUUUUGUCGUGAUUGGAAUCUUCACGUUGACACCUUGGUACCCGGAACUCAAAUUAUCUGCUGUGGGUGUCCUCACUUCAAUGGAACUCAUCAUUCCGCUGUUCGGAUUCUGCGUGAUGCACGUCUUUGAAACUCAGUUGUUUUUCGGUCCGAUUCUCAGUCUUUACAUCAACUGUGGUUCCAUUGUGAUCCAUAUAAUCUGUCUGAUGGGACUCUACAUCGACGAAAAAUUAAUUCUGGUCAAAGUCUUUCUUUUGCCAUUUUACCGCAUGUUCCAGAAAGUAUUCGGACUCAGCGAUCGGAACCAAAACGAAAUUAACUUCAUGAAAGCCAGCGCGCAGGAGCUUAACAGGGAAAUCUUUGGAACGUUCGGAGAACUGCCACCGGAACCGACGAGCACGCUGGAACAGUUGGAUAAAGCAUUUACAGGCCUGCUUCAGAAAGCUUGCAAAAUCAGACAGGGUGAAUGGAGGGACCAGUGUAACGACUUCAUCCAUUAUACCUGUCUCGACCAAGCUUAUAAUCUCGGAAGUACAGCAUUCUUCUUCGAAGCUGUAUUUUCCAUUUGCUGGAAAACGGCGUACCAUUCUUGCAAAUCGCUGAACUCGAUAGAUCUGGAUCAAUUCUGCAUUGCUCCGGAAAGUACGGCAUUCGGCAAAGCUUACGCCCAUUAUCAGGAAGCCUUGGAAACUCUUGCCCGUGAAAUUGUUAUUGACCCGCUUUCACCCAAAGUCAAUAACGAUCUGCUGGAAAUGACGGCCAGUUUUGAUUUGUUCGCUGCAAAGUGGACCUGGUGGUUAAGACAUUGCAUAAGUUGGGGUCUGGCAGGAUUAUGUAUCUCAAUCGUCCUACUGUCUCUUAUAUACGCCAUCGUCUUCCUGGUUAAAUAUCGACGUAACCUUUACUUUUGCAACAAUUACCUGAGCAGGGCCAUCAUGGAACGAUGGGAUAUCAAACUGACGCGACGAGAGAGAAGUCGAUAUUAUUCGACGUUCACCCGAGUUAUGUCCGACUAUGUCUUCGUCAUGUACAACUAUCCAUCGCGUUUCGCUGAAUCGCUUCGUUUGAUCGGUAAAGUCAUGUUUUGUUUCUGGUUCGAACAAUCAGCUAAAUACUUACAUCAUUUGCUGAUGAACAUUCAGUUCGUCGUACCCAACUACGGAUCUGCUCGAUUCGUCUUCAACGUCCAGGGCGAUGGGAUGUUCGCUUUUCUCAUGCGGGCCGUUUUGGGUGGCUUCAGUCUAGAGAGCAAGUACUGCAAAAUAGCCGACAGUUCCGUCUGUAACACAGCUUUCAUUCCAGUCGAAUGGCGUACGUGGCUCCAGUUGUUUUUGCUGGCCUUUUUCUACUUUAUGAUAGGCUUGUAUCAAAGUAAGUCGGACUACAUCAUGUGCCGCAUCUGCGAUUUUCUCAUACCGGAACAGGGAGAAAAGAGAACUGAGGUAACACUGGAAGAGAUUGUGGAAGAACGUCGCAAGCGAGGAGUUGUCGCCAUGGCACUAGCAGAAGAAGAAAUUAAUCACCCGUGUUUUGAUCACGAACAAAAUGAAUCUGUGAUUGCGUUUUACCAGCCAAGACGUUGGUACCAUCGCUUCAUGCCAACACUCGUCUUGUCCACGAUCGCUUACUGGAAAUUCGGUGUCGACAGUAUUCUAUGCCAGAUUUGCGGCCAGGACAUCAUCACAGCGAGAUACGGGUGCAAAACUCUUUUAUUUUGCGAAGAAUGUAAUUGCAAUCUAACGCACUGCCCGUGCGGAAGCGAGGACUGUCAAGAUCUUCAAAAAUUUCCUGUAUGAAAAGCAAAAAACUGUUUUUACCAUGUUCUCCACGAUGAUUCACUUUGUUGUAUCACAGCAAGAAUAAUAAAAUUUGAUACUUAGAAA